AUGACAAUCCUCAUCACCGGCGGUGCAGGCUACAUUGGAAGCCACACGUUAAUUGAACUUUCCAAGGUUGGAUAUGACUUUGUUGUCUUCGACAACCUCAGCAACUCAUGCGACGAAUCAUUGAAGAGAGUUUCAAAGCUCAUCAACAAGGACGUCAAGUUCGUUAAGGGCGACAUCAGAGACAGAGCUGCCUUAAAGGCCUGCUUCGAACAGUACAAGCCAGACUCAGUUAUCCAUUUCGCUGGCUUAAAGGCUGUCGGUGAAUCUGUUGUCAAGCCAAUCGAAUACUACGACAACAACGUCAACGGAACACUCGUUCUUCUUGAUGUUAUGCGCGAAUACAACUGCAAGAAGAUCAUCUUCUCAAGUUCCGCUACAGUUUACGGCAAUCCAAAUGCCCCACUUAUCAAGGAAGAUUUCCCAGUUGGUGGCACAACAAACCCAUACGGCACAUCCAAGUACUUCAUCGAGAGAAUUCUCCAAGACUGCUACGUUGCCGAUAACAAGAUGCAGAUCGUUCUCCUUAGAUACUUCAACCCAGUAGGUGCUCACGAGUCAGGCAUGAUUGGUGAAGACUCAAGCGGUAUUCCAAACAAUUUAAUGCCAUACAUUUCCCAAGUCGCUGUCAGAAAGCGCCCACACUUAAACGUUUUCGGUAACGAUUACCCAACACGCGAUGGCACUGGUGUCAGAGAUUACCUCCACGUUGUCGAUCUUGCCAUCGGCCACGUCAAGGCUUUGGAUUACUUGAACGCUCAUCCAGGCAGCAAACCACUCAUCGUUAACCUUGGCACAGGCAAUGGCUGCUCCGUCCUUGAACUCGUCCAUGCCUUCGAAAAGGUUAAUGGAAUCGAAAUCCCAUACAAGAUCGUCGACCGCAGACCAGGUGACCUUCCAACAGUCGUUGCUGACCCAUCAUACGCUAAGGAAGUCCUUGGAUGGACUGCUACAAAGACAAUCGAAGAUAUGGUUCGCGAUUCAUGGAACUGGCAGUCCCAUAAUCCAAACGGCUACAGAGCAUAA